AUGAAAAUGAGAAUAAUAUUGAUUUUAUUUAUUUUAAAUGUGUUAGUAAAAUGUUCGAAUAUAAAGGAAAGAUUGUUUAAUAAUAUAAAAAAGAGAACAAAGUUUUUAUUAUUAAAUGAACCAAUUGUUCAUUUAAGUUUUAGUGAAAAUUUAAUUCAUAGUUUAGUAUUUGAUUUAGAAAAUGAUAAAAAUUUAUAUACAUUAGAUGAAACUCUAUUAAAUCUUGAAAACAUAAACCACUCUUCUAUUUUUCGUUUAUUAGUGGACACCUAUAAAAAAAUAGAAGAAGAUAAAGAUGAUAGAGAAAAUAUUCGUUAUAUAUUUCUUUUAACGUCUUUUUCUAGAAUACACCCACUUAACCUUGAGUACUUUUUAAGAAAAUUAGAUAAAUAUAUAUAUAAUGAAUCCAUAUACAAAAAAGGGAAUAUUAAUAUAAAGGAAAUAUUAAAUGAAUACAAUAAUGAAAUAAAAGAAAAAAUGGAAGAAAAAGAAGAAAUAAAGAAAAAAAACGGUGAACAAAUUAAUAUAAAUGAUAUAGAAAAAAUAAUCAGAAAUGAAAAAAUUUUUUUUUUAAAUAAUGAUGAUAAAGGUAGUGAUAAAUAUGUUAUAAAAGACAGCAUUUAUAAUGGAUUAUUUAUUGGUUAUGGGUUAAAUGAUGAAUCUCCUUCUAUUAUUCAUCACUAUAAUUUAGAUAAUAAUUUCUAUUUUCCAUAUUUUAAUAGCGGUGUUUUAAUAGAUAUAACAUUAUUAAGAAAUAUUUAUAAAAAAUCACUUACAUUAACAAAUUUUGAAAUUAUCAAUAUAGAUUACAUUUAUGAGGUAUCACAAUUUCUUAAAGAAAAUUUGAAUGUAAAAUUAACAACUUUUCAAAAUACAUGCUUAAAUGAUGAAAAAAACAUACACUUAUUAGAUAACGAUUUAAAUAACUUUGAAUUAUAUAAAUAUUAUCAAGUGUUAUACUUAUUCAAAGAUCUCAAAGAAAAACCACAAAAAGAUAAUAAUGAGAAUAAUCAAAAUAUCGAAAUAAAAAAUGAUAAAGAAAAUAAUACAGAAAAAAAUUAUAAUCAGAAGAAUGAAGAUAAUGAACUAGCAGAAUUAAUUUUAUCUUAUUUUAAUAUUUUCUAUCCAAUAUCUACUUGUAUUAGUUAUUCUAUAAGAUCAAGAAAUGAAUCAUUACUUGGAUAUGAUAAAUUUCAUCUUAUGAACAUUGAAAAUGACACAAAGUUGGAAAAUUAUAUUAAAGAAACAGAAGAUAUAACAUUUAGUAAUAUAGAUGAGUAUAAAAUGAAAUUAAACAAAGUUAACAAUAAAUAUGAUUAUUUAUUAGACGAAAAUGAAAACACAUUGGGAUAUAAAAAUAUUUUAAUUGGUGUAAAAACCAGUAUAAACACAGAAGAAAGAAUACCUUAUAUAAAAAAUACUUAUGAUAAUGAAGAAAAUACAAAAAGAAUUUUUAAUAAUUUUAAUUAUGAAAGUAAAAUAAAAGAAAAACAACAUGGAAUUUUAAGUAAUGAAUUUUUAAAUAAUGUUUUUCAUUCUGAACGUAUUAAUAUAGAUGUUAUAUAUAUGUCUGACAAAAAAAGCACUAAGUAUGAUAAUUUAUAUAUGGAUACAAAAAUUACUUCGAAAGAUGGAUUGUGUGAAAAAUUAAAACAUAUGAUUUUUUAUUUUUAUGAAGAAUAUGUAAAAAAAAAUUCAGAAAAAAAAUAUUUUUUUAUUGCUGAUGAUGACACUUAUGUAAAUGUUAAAAAUUUAAUUGAUGUAAUGAAUUUAACUUUGAAUGAGUGUGAGCAUUCAAAAAAAUAUAUGUAUAACAAAUACAUAAAAUCAUACGAAUUUUUAGAAGAAAAUGAACCUUUUUUUCUUCAAAAUUUUCAAAAUAAAUCUAUAAUUUUAUAUCAAUACUUAAAAAAUAACUUUUUAAAAACUAUUAAUUCACUGAAAAAAUAUGAUUAUGUACCAAAAUAUUGUAUUAAUAAGUCAGGUAGAAAUAAUAGUGCUAUACCUAUAUAUGUAGGACAGAGAUAUUCCUAUAAUUCUUUUUCUGAAAAAAAUUAUUAUGACUACUUAACAGGUGGAGCAGGUAUAUUAAUUAAUGAAGAAACAGCAAAACGAAUAUAUAUGUGCGAUAGUUGUAUAUGUCCUACAAAAAAUUCCUUCAUGGAUGAUAUGAUUUUAGGAAGUUGGGCAAAAGAAUUAGAAAUUUUAGCUAUAAAUUUUGAAGGAUUUUUUCAAAACAAUCCUAAUGAAUACAACAAAAUAUAUUUAAAUACUAUUGUUCCUAUUACUUAUCAUAAAUUAAAUAAAGACAAAAAUGUAGAAGAAACAAAAAAAGUUUAUUUUGAUAAAUUAGUAAAUUAUAAUAAAAAUUAUACUAGUACUAAGAGUUUACAAGUUGAUUAUUUAGAUAGAAAUUAUAAAAAUAUGAUUGAUAAUAUCUUUCAUUAUUUAUAUUAUACUAAUAUAUAUACUAUUGAAUCGAAUAAAAACAUAAUUAAUAUGAAUAAGAAAAUUUAUAAUAAAAUGCAUGAAAGCAAAAAUUUCAAUCAUUUAUUUGAUUUGAACAAAUUUUUUAAAAAACAAAUAAAUGAUUAUGAGCAUUUGCAAACUAGUGGAACUUAUAAAAGUAAAAAAAAGAUAAAAAAGGGAUAUUCUAAUAAUUACAUUGAGAAAAACAAUAGUAAUUUAUCUGAUUUAAAGUGGCAAAAGGAUGAAAAUGAAAGUAAGAGUAGUUAUGAUAGUGAAGAAUAUUUGAAUGAAUAUGAUGAUGAAAUAAUAGGGGACUAUAAUGAAGAUAAUGAUGAAAAUGAAGAAGAAAAUAAAAAUGAGGAUGAAAAUGAAGAUGAAAAUGAAGAUGAAUAUGAAGAUUAUGAAGAUUACGAUGAUUAUUAUGAAUAUCUGGAAAAAAUACACACUAAAAAAAAUUUGAGUAAUAAUGAAAAUAAAGUAGAAAAAAAUGAGUAUUUAAUGAAAGAACACCAAACAAAUAAUGAUAAGGAAUUAAUGAAUAAUCAUCCUACAGAAGAUAAUAAAAUUAAAAAUGAAAAAAACUAUGAAGUUAAUCAGUAUGAAGAUUAUUAUGAAGAAUUGUAA